ACCCUCCGGCGACGGUGGGCCUGGAUGCGGGCGACUUCCCCAUCGAGGAGGAGUACGACGCGCUGGACGAGCCCGCCUUGCUGCUCGAGCGGGCAGCCACGCCGCCGCCGCCGCCGCUGGCGACCCGGCGGACGGCGCUGCGCACGCCAGACCGCGCCUGGGCCGACGCCGUCGACGGAGUCGAUGGCGGCCUCGCGGUAGACACGCCGCCGCGCGCGGGCGGCGCCGCUGCCGCAGGCCGCGCGACCGCGCGAGGCAGGGGCGCCAGUAGCGACGGGGAGACCGGCUGCGGGAGCUCGGCGCCGCGCCGCCGCCGCCGCGGGCGCGGCCGCUGCGGCGGCCGGGGUGGCGACUUGCCAGCCCUGGCGGCGUCCGGCGGCGAGGCGGCGGGCGCGGCGGCCCGCGGGACCACCGCGGCGGGCGCGCCCGGCAGCGACGGUACUCCGGCUGCUGGCGGGGGCGCCCUGGACGCCACCGCCGCGCGCCUCUGGGCAGAGGCUGGCUUGGCCAACCUCACGCGCGCGGAUCAGGCGGCCGGACUGCGAGCGCGCGCGGACGCGUGGCGUAAGGUCCCGGGGGCAGCGCGGGGGGCGGUGCUCCUGCUCGACGCGGCCGCGGAAGACCCGGCCGCCCUUGGACCGGCGGCGCUGCUCGCCCUCGACGAGGCGGCGCGCGCCUUCUAG